CCAUUCCUUCCGUUCCGCCAACGAGACUUUACACAGAUGUGUUGUGUUUCAGGCGUGCUCGGUUGAGGCGGUUGGACUCCGUUCGCGCAGUGGGAUCAACUUCUUUCAGAGGGUCUACCGUCUCCUACUCGGACACCUCGAGUUCAAUGUAACAGUUAUCGUAAGCAGUGUAGAUCAAGGUGAUCGGGGAGUUACUUUGUUGGAGAAUUUAACAUAUUUAGACGGGGGUUUAAACGCAGAAGAAAAUGCCUGUAGCUUCUCUCCUGCCUUUCACGCUCACUCCGAAUAGGAAGUCCGCCAGCCCGACCUCCUUCAGGCUCACGGAGAAAUUCAUCCUGCUUUUAGUGUUCAGCGCCUUCAUCACCCUGUGUUUCGGAGCUAUCUUCUUCUUGCCGGAUUCCUCGAAGCUGCUCAGCGGAGUUUUCUUCCGCUCGUCGUCGGUGGAGGCAGAGACGCGCACAGGUACGGUCAGUGACACAAGCACCGGGACGGGCAAGGAUGAGAAGAUCCUCGCCAAGAUCAGAAAAGACCACGAAAAGGCGCUGAUUGAGGCCAAGGACACCCUACAGAAAGGGCCGAACGAGAUCAAGCAGGACAUCAACAGCGACAAAGCGAAACUUGCGCUAAACGGACAGGGGAAGGGAGCGAAAGCUGACAGUUUGCCGUUCGUUCAGUACGAGCGGCCGCCUGGAGCAACAGGGCACGAGCCCGCGGAUCCUGACAUUAAAGCGAAAAGAGCCAAGAUUAAAGAGAUGAUGCAGUUUUCUUGGGACAAUUACAAGCGCUACGCCUGGGGCUCCAACGAACUGCGUCCCAUCUCUAAACAAGGCCACUCCAGCAAUUUGUUUGGUAGUCUCAAAGGAGCCACCAUUGUGGAUGCACUGGACACGCUCUACAUUAUGGAGAUGUAUGACGAAUUCGAGGCUGCUACCGAGUGGGUGGACAGGAACCUAGACUUUAACAUGAAUGCCGAAAUCUCUGUCUUUGAAGUGAACAUCCGUUUUGUUGGAGGCCUGCUGUCUGCCUAUUAUCUCUCAGGCAAAGAGGUAUGUAAACCUGGAGUGUACAGAUGUUUUUUCAGGUUUUACCAGACUGAAUAUGUGCUUAUGGCCAAAGGAUUUGAUAUGCAAGCUGGCUAUAAUUGACACGCUGCCUGAAGGAAGCUGGAAGCUUGUAGCUGGCAUUUGUUCUCGGCUCCUACGCUUUUAAAGACACCGUUUCCUUAAAUCUCUGUGUGAAACUGUUGGAAAUCGGUGACAUUUAUAGUUACACAGUACACAAUAGACCUCUCAGGAGAGCCACAGGAGCCUCAGGUCUGUCUUGUCCCGGUGGUCUGGCUGUUUGCCCGGACGUUGAGUCAAGUCAAACAAACACACACACACACACCAUCCCACUUAGAGCUCAUUCUGAGAUCCCGGCACAUCCAGGAAGCUCUGUGCCCACUCUGCUAAAUUGAAAGCCUUUUUGAAACCAAAAAGAUGUUGGACUCUCAAGCGUGACCUGAAGCACACACACAAAGCCCAUUUCCAAGCCUUCAUUGAAUCAGGCUAAUGUAGAACUUCGCUCAUAUUUCCAAUCUCCCCUCCUGUAAAUGAGAUUUUCCCAGCAGCAUCUGGCAGAACGUGAAGGAUCUGAUUCAAAUCAAAAGAGUGGCAUUUUCCGCUGAUACUCAGGGCUUUCUCAUUGUGUCCUGCAGCAAAUGUGCUCUCAGUGAUAGUGUACGCUUUCAUUUGUGCGGUUUGUCCGGAGAGAGAACGGCUCACUGUGUGAGCUUCAUCGUGUCUGUACUUGUGUGGUUGUGUUGAUGUAAGGCAGACCCUUCAACAGAACAGCCAUCUCUCAUCUCCACAGUGACUCUUCCUCCAACUAGCACAGAAUAGCUA